AGCCAGGCAGGCGCCCCCCCCUCUCCCCCGGGGUCGAACUUUUGCGGCGACACCACCCGCCCGCGUCUAUCGGGGCUGCCUGUCACCGUCACCACGGACUGGCGCACAGUGGGCUGCAGUGGACACAGUGGAAAAGGGCACAUUCUUGGUCCCCUCUCCACUAUUACGCCGGCCAAACGGCCGUUUCGACGAACCAGCGUCGCCGCUGCCACAAGAGCGCCGCGCUGCCCAUCCGCUCUCCAUUCCCGUCGGCCCUCCGCCGCCUCCCUUCCCUGCCCUGCCCUUGCCUGGUCCACCCAUUCCCAUCCCAUCCCCCAUCCAUCCAUCCAUCCACCCGUCCAUCGUCCAUCCAUCCAUCCAUCCACCCAUCCGUCUCUCUCUCCAUCCCAUCCCGCCGUGGUGGCUCGUCUUCCCCCAAUCCGACCGUCCAUCCACCAACAAUCCCGUCUCGCCGCAUCUUCUCGCUCAGGUCGCCCGCCCUCGCCGUCGUUUCUGCUCGCCCGCUGCCAACGGCAAUCUGCGCCCUGGUUUCUCACGCGAUCGUCUCUCCCCUUUUCCGUCCCGUGCCUGCGACCGACAGACGCUGCCGCCAACCACAUCCCGCUCUCGCUCUCACCUCCUCACCCUCCAGCGGCAUCAUCGUCGCAGCCUCUCAGCACUCACCACGACCCUGCGAAGUUGCUCCACAUCGACCGCACAAUCGCGCUUCAGUCUGCGACACCCGGCGCGGUAAUCAGUUCAUCUGCAUUGCACCGUUACAUCAACCGGCACCAUCUUGACUCAAGGCGAUACGAGGCCGUCGCCCACGAGACCACCUCACGCCUAUCUCGAUUCGCCUCAGAGCGCAUCUGGCGAACGACCUCAAUCUUCCCGGCCCCGGGCCCGACCGCCACCGAAACCGUCCGUUCGCAUCUCGCCAUGUUCAGCCUGCUUUGUUCGCCCAGCGCCGGUCAAUAGAGUCGCUUCUCUCCGGGGCUGCCGCCCGUCGUCGACGAUAGCCGGAUAACGACCUCACUUGUCGCUCGCUGCUCUUUUCCUAUCCCUUCUCCCCGCCUCGCCAACCAUGGCUGAACAUCGCCCCGCCACCGCCAUGGACCCCCCUCAUAUCACGGAGUUCGCUUCAGAGCGGUACUUCGAAAAGCUCAGCCAGCUCAAUGCUAGCCAACAGCUCCAUCACCAUCAUGAGCCGACAGAAGGCUCCGCCGCCACCGUCUCCUCGUCCUCGACAUUUAUUCUGCCGCUGCGUGAAUCGAGGCACGCCGAGGCCGAUGUUUCCAGACUGGUCGAGACAAAGCGGGACAAGAGCCGUUUCUUCAGUAUACGGCGCAAAGUGAGCCAUUUGCACACGAAAGUUCAUAGUCUGGAGUCUGAGCCUGUCGCUCUCCCUCAGACUAGAGCAUCCACUGAAUCGAUACGAAAAAGGUUUGAACCGGCCCUGCAGACCCCAGCUAAUCUUCCAAACGCCAAUCGCUUACGUUUUGUUCUUAUCAGUGCCCCCUUCGAUCAACUUUUCCUUGCGAUGCCCAACGAACUUCAGGUUCAGAUAAUAUCAACACUACCCUUGACUGACGUUCUCAAUCUCCGACUCGCCUCAAAAUCAUGGCAUGCGUUAAUCACAUUAAACGAAGCCCCGAUUGUGCGGUACCACCUCGACAACCACAUUCCCGCCUACGCGCUCCGACUCUAUCCUAUAUCCGACAACAGCGAAUUUACUUUCCACUAUCUUUGCAGCCUCUGGCACCGAUUGCACGUUGCCGCCAAACUGGCAUAUCUCAUGUGCGAAUGGAUCACCAAGGACAUAUUCCUUCGACAAUCAGAAUCACAGCGAGCGGCAUUCGCGCCUCAACACGAACGAAUGCGCAGGCGCCUCAUACCGCUACUUUUCACUGUGUUUCAUUUUUUCGAGACGUAUCGAAAGCUCCACCUCAAGCACCUCGCCGAACAUGGGGGGCAGGGUCUGCAGCGAGAGCCGUACACCAUCAAUCCGAUCGAGAGGGAGAUCAUGGGCAUGUACGAUGACCGAACCCUUUUGAGAGUCCACGAGGUUUUCCCUCUGGUCAUAUCUUCCUUUUGCCGCCGCUUGCGGCCGCCGACGUACGUCGGUAGGGUCGAACGAUCUAUUCGAGGCUACCUACGAGAACGCCCGUCUGACGAUGUCCAUGUGGCCAUCCUGUGCAUUGGCGGUUUGCGACAGGUGGAGAGACUUUGGGAGAUCAAGGGAUAUAACAGCCGACGAGCCGCCGUUGAUUCUUGGUAUCACGGGCUCACCAAAGAUUACGGGGCCGAUGCGCCUUCCAAGUCACGCCUCGGUCUGAAAGGGUUCAGCCGGAAAAAGUCGACGAGCGGCGACCGACCAGUUGGACGGUUCUCUUUCAGUGAGGGGACCAGCAAGGUUCGAAGCCCUACGGGCUCAAUCGAUGCUACCAACGCUGGCUGCUAUUUCGACCCAAAUUGGGUAUUUAACACAAGUCUCUCGGCCGAUGUCCCCAUGGCGCAGCUUGGCAAGGAAAAGGCCCAAAGCCUGCUCAACGAUUUGCCAGUCCUCCAGCAAAUUUGGCUGACCACUGCCGAAGCCACCAUUCUCGAUCGUGGCAUCGUUCCGAGGACGCAAGACAUUAAGCGCAACCAGCAGGUCAUGCUCGACCUCAUCCGCGAGGAUGGCAUCGAUGAGGAGGACGAGUGGUGGUACGGGCGAAACAUACCAGAAUCAGUCCGGCCUCCCGCAAGCGCCACAGAUGAAGAUGCCGACUAAGACUUGGUCUGCAGCUCACGCAGUUUUGACGUUGCACUGCAGCCUGCGGCAUCUGAUCGUUCUUUUUACCCUUUUCUUUGCCUGUGUUGGAAAGAGUACGGUUGAGCAUUUACAAGGCGUUAGCAUGUAGCAAUGGGGUUAUUCGGAACAAAGGCCCCCGGCGAGCGACAGACAUGAAGAUGGGUCAUGCAAGCUCAGAUUACUUUUUUUUGUUGUCUUUGUUCCAUUUCUUGAAGCCCCAUGACGAUGGGCUUCUGGAGAAACGGCGCCAUAGAUGCCGCCUGCCGCAUUCGCCGCCUUUUUUUUUUAAUACGUGCCCUGCGCCGAUGUGCGGUCUUGCGCGGGCGUCGUGGAAUGUGCUGUGCAGCACAUAGGAGAAUAGAAACUGUACUCGAAUACCCGGGCGGUACCGCCGUGACGGAGAAGCGAGCGUGUUCCUCGAGCCCUAGGUUGGAUGGCAUGGCCAUGACCAGAGCUGGUGGUCUUACGCGCAGCUCCUCAGUUGACCCGGCAUACACCUCUCAUGGAUACGGUGCUUGUACGAAGGUUCGACGCACAAAGUAAUAAUUGACUUAUCACCUAAAACCGAAUAGAGCCUUAUGCCCC